AUCCAGCCCAAGCCCAAAUCGUAUUCUCCCAAAUUCUGAAAUUGCCGACGUCUCCUCAGUUCCCAGCAAUCUCAGUAUCUCAUCGCAAAUCGAUAUUCGUCCCAACUUCUUCCCUAAUCCAAUCUCGUCAACCGACUGCAAUAAUUCGGGUUGUUAACGAAGUUCUUCAUAUCAGACGAUGCCUAGGUAUUACUGUGAUUAUUGCGACACCUACUUGACACAUGAUUCCCCUUCUGUUAGGAAACAACAUAAUGCUGGAUACAAACAUAAGGCAAAUGUGAGAACUUACUAUCAGCAAUAUGAGGCACAAUUGAACCAAAGUUUGAUUGAUCAAAAAGUCAAAGAACAUCUUGGGGCAUUUAGGCCUCCUGCUCCAUACCCUCAGCUGAGACCUGGUCUACCGAUUCUACCUACUCCCAUGCCGAUUCCAGGUGCACAAUUUCCAGGAUUUAGGCCUCCAGUUUUGCCAAGGCCCACGCCUGGAGCUCCAGGUUAUGUGGGUCCUCCGAUGCCCCAGAUGGCACCUCCACCUGGUGCUCUAUUGCCUGGACAACCAAAUGGUCUCCAAAUGCCUGCAAGUGCUCCUCCUCCUCCAACGGUUCCUGGAAGUGCAGGAACGCCUACUUCUGGUGGUGCCCCACCAAUGUUUACACCACAAUUGUAUCAAGGGAAUGCCCCUGUACCAACAAGUGGAGGCACUGAUGUUUCUAAUAUGAAUGCCCAUGCUUCUGAGACUAAUCAGUAGUUCGUUACUAAUGCAUUCUUGGGCAGUGGCAUCAGUAUGAGAUUGCUGUAAGAUGACUGAUAAAUUGUGCUGAGAAGUUAGUGGUCUUGGCCUUUUUUCUUCCUUAAUAGAACCGUAGACUGCAAAUAUGUACCUAGAACUGAAACCAUCAUUUGAGGGAGGGGCUUCAGAACGCUUAAUGUCCUCUGAUCCCCUCUGCAGUUGUUUCCUUGAAAUGAAUUGUCAUUUUUGGCAUUCGAAAAUGUUAUGUACACCGUUUUAAGGUUGAAGUUUGAUGCUAGUGAACUUUUGAAUCUAAGGGGGAGAGUAUUCAAUCGAGAA